CUUUGCAGCGAGGACGAGCAGCAUCAGCGGCUGUGAGUGUGUGUGUGCUGCUGGCGGCCACGGUGGUGCGUGUCUGCCGGCUGCGGUUCCGGACGGCCUUGGGCCGCUCCCGCUCCCCGAAGUGAAGGACACGGAGGUCCGCUGCGUGCACGGUGGCAGCACCAGCUCCGUGGACGAUCCUGAUCCCGGUGUGCGUGGUCUGUGCUUUGUCAACGUGACCUUCAUCGCUGAUAUCGAGUUGGACCUGUGGACAUUCAACGCGCCACAACAGACACUCAACAUCACGCUGCUGCAGUGCGUCCUCAUGGGCCUGUUGAUCAGGGGGAGUGGUGCGCGCGUGCACGUGAACGUGACAUCCUCGAUGAUGGAUUCUGGUGCAUUGGAGUUUGAGGGUGAUUUUGGUGCGAGUUCCCAGAUACUGGUGGUGGGCAGUACGCUCUUGUCGACGGUGAGCCAUGCCAUUGCCUUUUCGGUUUUUUUUUUCACUGCGAACUCGACGCUGCUGCUGCUUGACAGCCACAUUGAGGGAAUUAGUUACGCACUCUAUUUCUCAAUUGGUGUUGAUGAUGGUGGCGGGAUCAUUGUGAAGGGAAAUAUGCUGAGCACAACGGAGGAGGAUGACGGGAUGGAAUCAUGUGUUUGCGUUUACGCUGUUGAUGUGAAGAAUGGCGGCUACUUUGACGUGGAGAACAACACGAUGAGCGCAGUGAGCGGCAUUCAUAUUUAUGAGGAUACCACUGUGAGCUCCGCGGGGCUGCUGCGAGUGGCGGAUUGCACCCUUGUUGGCAGCGCGGAGUUUUUGGAUUCUGCGCUGUUGUAUUUGGCCGGCUCUUUGGCUCUCCAGGGUGGUGCGCAGUGGCGUGUGGAGGGCAACGAAGUGAGCGCAGCCUCAGUAUUAAGUAUAGGACAUGAACAGCACAACAUUCAGCUGUCGGGCGACGGCACUACCGUGGCGCUUGCACACAACCGUCAGGUGGACGAUAUUUAUCCUUUUGCUGAUCUGGAUCAGUCGAACAUGAUUGUGGUUUCUCCCGCAAAGCUUGUGGUUGGGUGCAACCUGCAGGGAGGUAAUGAGGUGUCGUACGACGGUGUGUUUCCGGAGGACGUGGUGGUGUUCAGGUGCGGUACAUGCAACGAUGACGCGGCGUGCUACAUGCCCGGGACGGAGUCGGUGGACCGCGGUUCUUGCUCGUGCGGCUGCAAGGACGGAUGGCAUGGCGCGUCGUGUCUUCCCUUCGAGGUGCCCGACACGGUUGUGCCGCCCGUAGCGGAGAGAGCCGUCGACGGCGACACGAGCUGUGUGGUGAAACAGACGCUGAGGGAAAUCACGCUGAACAUGUGGAAGACGCACCACUGCUACGUGGGUGUGACAUUCAGCGGCGUGGGUGCUGCGCUCACGUUUUCCUUUGACAGUAUGCCGCUGCAUCUCCUCAUCAACAUCACGCUCACCGGGUGCGCAUUCCGUGAGGGUGCCGCGCUGCAGUUUUUUGGGGGUGCUGGGGCGGCCGAGUCAGCGGGCGUCCUGAUCCGCGUGAGCCAGACGGUGAUGCGGUCCUCUGUUGUUGUUUUUGCACUUGCCCUCCCGCAGCACUGCGACAUUGCCGUCACGGAGGUUGACGCGGUGCAGUCCUCCGAGGUCCAUCUGCCGGAAACAGUGAACAACAAGCUGAGCGUUGUGUUGCUGCACGAAGUUUUGUUGAGUGCAUCCUCGCUUUUGGUCAGCAACGCCAGGGCGCGUGCAACGAGGCGUGAUGCGUUUGGUUUGCACUCGACCGGGACGCUGACGCUGGUGGGUGGCAGCUCGCUGUACACGCGGUACUGCAGCUUCGAUGGCUACACAUACCUGUUCCACGUAAAUACCCUCAGUGUCAGUGACCACUCUGUUUUUGCGCUUCUCAACAAUACAAUGUCCUCCGGGACAAGCCUAUUGUAUCAGCACUCCCGAUUCAGCGUGUUGGAUCACAGCGUGUUGCGCGUGGUGGGGAACAGCGGCUCCGUGUCCAACGCCAUUGUUGCAGACGAAUUGUGGACCGUCCAGCGGUCAAGCUGGUUGGAUUGGCGCGACAACGACGUGGGAGUGGGUGCGUUUUUCGACGACACUGAAUCCACUUUUGUGAGCAUUGACAGCAGCAGUGUGGUGACGCUGACGGGCUGCAAGAUGGGCUCGACGGGUUUGUCGGUGCCUUUGCUGAAGCGGGUUGGGGCCGGCUACCGGUUCGUUGCUGGGUGCCUGACGGUCGCGGGACGGGAGGUGACGACGGCGGCAGAGCUGGCGCUCCAAGGCAUUACCAACGUGACGACGGUUGCAGUGUGCGGGAAGUGCACUAAGGACGGCAACUGCUUUGCUCCUCUGACGACGGCUGUCAGCGACUGCAAUUGCCAGUGCGCUGCUGGAGGGCACGGCGAUGUGUGCGUCCCGGCGCCUGUGCCUGCUGGCCCGCCGCCACCACCGCCACCGCCACCGCCACCGCCGCCACCGCCGGUUGGUGAGUGCAUCAGCGACAUUUUGUACCCCGAGGUGGCGCAGACUGUGGGCGGCGGGCUGUCGUGGCUGUGCUACCGCAACGUGACGUUCAGCGGGGGCGGCAUGAGCCUGACGGUGCUGAUUGGGGCGAUGACGGGCGACGUGGUGAACGUCACGUUCGAUGGAUGCACGUGGAGGGACGGCGCCGUGCUGUUGCUGUUGGGCAACGCGUACGCCGCUGUGGGGUCGCUGAACAUUGUCGUCACCGGCAACACGUUCCGUGACGCGCUGCUCAGCCCGGAGGGUGGGUUUCCACCGCACACGAACAUCACGAUCAGCGGGAACCGCUUCACGGCCACAAGGCUCCUCCCUCGGCCGGGUUUGGACCUUGGCAGCCCGUCGUGUGUCGCGAUGAAUGGGCUGGCGAUCAGCAACGACUCUGCGGUGGUGCUCAGUGGCAAUGUGUUUCAGACCGUGACGGCAUCUUCAAACGUCAUUUACUUUGUUGAAUCUGCGCUGAGGGUGUCGUGGCGCUCCCUUUUUGCGGUGGUAGGCAACACGUUUCAUAUGGAAGGCGCUAACAGUAAUUUGAUACAUCUUGAGGGGUCUAGCCAGUCAUUUUCACUGAUUGUACUGAACAACUCUGCCGUGGUGAUCCGAGGCAACCUUGUGACGAGGCCGGUGCAGUACUUCAUGCACAUUUUGUCGGCCUUACGUGUGGAGUCCCAGUCAGCGGUUGUGUUUCAGGACAACGAAAUGCGGGGAAGCUUGGCUGUGUUUUAUUCAACUUUUGCCGCCAACAUCUACUACAACUCCUGGCUGCAGUUGAGCGGCAACCUCUGCCGUGAAUCCCCAUCGGAAGCCUUUGCCUGCAUAUCCCCUACGGUGGAUCUCCGCGACUCCACGGUGUCUGUGUCCGGCAACCAAUUCAUUUCCAACAAUGGAGUGACCAAAGCGCUGCUGAUACUCAAAAAGUCCCGCGAUCUCACAAACGGAGCGAUUGUGGCUGCGUGCAACACUGUGAACGGCGAGGAGGCGGCGGGAUACAGCAUUCCGUCCGUGUACAAUGCCACCAUCCUGAGCUGCAGCGACCCAUGCACCCUUGCAGCGUCGUGCUUCCCUGCGUACACGACGACGGCCUCGAGUGAUGGCUGCGCCUGCACGUGUGCGGAGGGUGGCCACGGCGAUGCGUGCCUGCCCGUUGCUGUUCCCGAGCCCUCAAGCACUGACGGUGCCGACUUGUGCGUGCGGGACGUGCAUGUGGAUGUGGAGGUGAACGCCGGUUUUGGGACGUCGGUGCUGUGCUACGUUGGUGUGACCUUUGCGGCGGAUUUCGUGGUGGAAAUGGAGUCGAUGUCAGGGAGCGUGCGCAACGUGACGCUGGCGAACUGCACGUUUGUGGGCGGAGCGAGCCUGUACGUUGUCGGGUGGCUGUCCGACCCGCCUGCUGGCCAGCGCGCCGAUGUGUUGAUCAGCGGGCUUGAGUCACGCUCUGGCGGCGGCGUGGUGGUGGCGAACCGAUUUCCGCCGGGCUCGCGCGUCAUUGUGGUGGACUCGGUGCUGAUUGCAGAGGCGCGUGUUGUGUACCGCGGCGCCUACGACCUUGGCGACGCCUCCGCGUGCCUCGUGUUGCACAACGUGAAUCUGACGGGGAGUGUGCUGACCAUCGCGCGCACGCAUGUGGCUGCUGUGUUCCGCGACGCUGUUGGCGUGCUGGUGUUUGGCGGCGUGGCGCUGUCGUCGCGCGGUGCGCUGUACGUGGACGGGCUGUUGGUGCAGACGGCGCUGGGGCUGUGCGUGUCAGUGGAGGGCGGUGUUAUGGCCAGUGACGGCUCCGUGGUGGCGUUUGUUGACAGCGACUUCCUGCUGUGCAAGCAUGCGGUGUCUGUGCGUGGGGCUGUGAGCGUGUCGGGCUCCAUUGUGGCGCUUGUGCGGAGCGGCUUUUCGUCGACGGGGGACUACGCGGUGGCGUUUUAUUCGACGGUGAGUCUGGCCGACGGGUCGAUGCUGCUGGCGAGGGGCAACGUGCACGACGGCGUCUUGAGGGAGAUGCUCUACGCCGCUGGCGCCGUGACCGCUGUUGGGAGCACGCUGAGCUUUGUGCGCAACCGAGCGCUGCUGCCGCGGAUGCUGUCUGCGGGCCUGUCGCUCGCGGCUGGGGCGCAUUUGAGGGUGGCGUGCAACGACGCUGGUGGACGCGUCCUGUCGACUGCGGAGGAGUACGCAGCGGCUGGUUUUGGCGACGCUGGGAGCAUCGACAUUGUUGGGUGCGAGGACUGCGACAGGGACACGUACUGCUACGCGCCCGGGACGGCGUCUGCGAGCAUGAAGAACGGUGUGUGCGUGUGCGUGUGCGGCAGCAGUGGAUACGGCGAGGCGUGCGUGCCUGUGGGUGCUCCCGCGCUGCCACCUGCUGUGGGCACCGCGUCGAGUGUGUUUGUCCGCGAGGGCGUGACGUUGCAGUCGGUGUUCGUUGUGCCUGCCGGCGCGAGCGAGGUGACGCUGCGCCACGUUGUGCUGGACGGCGUGAGUCCUGUGCUCUACGUGCCGUGGAUGGCGCGGGACAGCGUGCGGAUCGUUGUACAGAACGUGUCGCUGCUGAACGGCGCCGUGCUGUACGUGAUGGGCGGUGGAGGCUUGCGCGGUGCGGUGUCGGCGGGGAGCGACGAGGGCGGGCCGGUGGAGCUGUCGGUGUGCGAUGUGGAGGCGCUGAACGGUGCGCUUGUGCUGACCGGCACGUUCCCCGCGGAAUCUGUGCUGACGGUGACGGACUCCCUGCUGGUUGCCGCGAGGUCUACGCCGCUUGUGUAUCUUCCCAGCUCGCAGUCCUCGCCGUACGCACCGGUGCUGGUGCUGUCGGGCCUGCGGCUCGUGCGGUCCGUGCUGGUUGUAUCCGGCGUGGCCUUCGUGACCGUGAUGACUGGUGGGCGGACGGUGGUGGUGGACGGCGCGGUGCUGGAGCUUGUCGGUGGCGGUGUCGCGCUGGACGCGGCUGUGCUCGGG